AUGUCCUUGCAUAGUCCCCAAUUCCCACCAAACAUCAAGAAUCUCUUAAACCUCGCACCUAUUCUGAAUCGGCACCUCGGCACACAGAUUCGGGCCCGCUCCGAACUGGUAGUUGGGCACGUUCAACCGGAACUGUUUGGUGAUAUCAUUGUUGUUCUUCGACGCCUUGUAACCCGCGCGACAAGCGCAAUGGAAGCGGGUGCCCGUGUUGAUGCACGAGGUCGUGAUGUCGCAGUUGUUUUGGCCCGACAGAGGGUUGCAGGUGCCGCAGACGGGCCUGGUGGGAUUGGCGAGGACGAGGGAGGAGGUGGCCAACAAGAGGCUGGUGAGAAUGGAGAGGGUUUGCAUAUUGGUGGUUAG